AUGGUAUAUGGUACUGGUAUCGGUUUUGGAGCUGGUACUGUGGCGGAUCCUACCAAACCAAGAAGACCUGAAUUGAGAAAGGUGCCUCGGUUCCUAUUCGGACAGUCAAUGGGAGGAGCUAUUGCCUUGAAAAUGCAUCUGAAAGAACCUCAAGCUUGGGAUGGCCUUAUACUUGUGGCUCCAAUGUGUAAGUUUAUGGAGGAUGUAAAACCUCCUCAGCUAGUCUUGAAUGUGCUAAUCUUGAUGUCAACACUAUUCCCGAAGGCAAAGCUCUUUCCAAAGAAAGACAUGCGUCCGCUGUUCUACAGAGACCCAAGUAAAAGAAAACUGUCCUACUUUGAUGUGAUUAGCUAUGAUGACCAAGCGCGUCUGAAAACCGCUGUUGAACUUCUAAACGCGGCAAGUGACAUUGAGAUGCAAAUUAAUAAGGUCUCUUUGCCAAUGUUGAUACUACAUGGAGACGCAGAUAUAGUCAUAGAUCCCACUGUGAGCAAGUUCCUUUAUGAGCAAGCAACCAGCCAAGACAAAACGCUAAAACUCUAUCCCGGUGGCUACCAUUGCAUUCUAGAAGGUGACACAGACGAAAACAUUUUCACCGCAAUCAACGACAUAGUUGCUUGGCUUGAUGCCCACACCACUCCCAAGUAA